GGCAAACCCCUCACCACCAGGGAGAUGAUUAAAUUUGGGGCCAUUUCACAAUGUGAGGAGUUUAGACGCUGGAGUUCACCAAAGACUUUUACAUUAGCAUCACAUUUGCUAGGACAAUCUUAACCACCAGAAUACUGCGCAACACCAUGGCCUCUGAACCGGAGAAACAAAUCGUCAUAAGCCAAUUCAGUUCACUGGCUUUGAACCCCAAUAACAAGAUUAUUGUGGGUGUGGACUACGGCACUACAUUCACUGGGGCUAGCUUCGUUAGUUCAAAAGGAAAUGGCUUAAGCGACAUCACGGUAAUUGAAACAUGGCCAGGUAUUUCGAGAGACUCCAAUACAGUAACGAAAGUACCGUCCCGUAUCUCAUAUCCCGAUGGUUUACCCAACCAAUGGGGAUACCAGGUGCAGCCUGGUGCGAAUGCAUACUCGUGGACAAAGUUACUUCUGGAUCAGAGUGCUCCUUUGACUAGAUAUGAUGACGAGGGACUUGAGAAGGCCUCUGAGAUGGGUAUCCUGAGAUUACCAGAGGGUAAAACGGCAAGUGAUGUCGUAAGGGAUUAUUUAUCAGAGGUCUACCAGCAUAUUCUUGGAAGGAUCGCCAAGCAGAUUACAGAGGAGACAUUGAAAACCACACCCUUGGAGUUCUGGUUUACUGUGCCAGCCAUUUGGUCAGAUCAGGCACAGAAUGCAACUAUUAACGCUGCUCGGAAGGCAGGGUUUGGGAAUAGAGCCUCCCGGCCAGACGAUGAAAUAUACCUGAUUAGUGAGCCGGAAGCGGCGGCCAUCACUUCAUUGAAAAAGUACACCACCAAAGGAAUCGGUAAUUUCAUUAAGCCCGGGGAUGGAGUUUUAAUCUGCGACUGUGGAGGGGGUACCGUGGACAUGACAACCUACCUCGUUCUUCAAACAUUACCUUACUUGACAUUUGAAGAGCUAUGCACGGGUAACGGAGGUAAAUGCGGGUCGACCGCAGUGGACCGCAAUUUCUAUCAACUUAUGUCGGAUCGAUUUGGCGAUGCAUUUGACAAGCUACCAAUGAAAAAAAAGAGCCCCGGUAGCGAGUUCAUGAGUAAGUUUGAAGUUAUUAAACAGGACUUUGGAUAUCCGAAUCAGCCAAAAAUAUUUGAAAUUCAUCUCAACAUGAAUGCACCGAACGCGGAUCCUAAGUAUUUCGAUGAGGAAGAGCGCAUGGUGUUUCUGUCCAGUGAAGAUUUGCGCUCAAUCUUCGACCCAGUGGUGGAAAGGAUCCUCGCCAUGGUACGGCAACAAAUUCAGGAUUCACAGGAAGAGACAGGAAAUCGCAUAAAUAGAAUCAUCCUGGUCGGCGGAUUCGGCGACUCCGAGUACCUUCGUAAAGCGUUCCGAGAAUCAUUUGAGCCAAUGGACAUAAAUAUCACCGUCCCUGAUAAGCCCCAAGCUGCAAUCGUCCAAGGGGCCGCUCUUCGUGGACUCGAAGGGCUGAGAUCCUCGACAAAGCGGUGCCGCCGACACUACGGCUUUAGCUGGUCUACUGAUUUCCGAGAAGGCGUAGAUAUUGAGUCUGAAUCCUAUAUCGAUAGUUUUACGGGUCUAAAGAUGUCUUCUAAUAUGAUGAAAUGGAUGAUUGCAAAAGGAGAAAAGUACUCGGAGAAUCAUACAUACGAAACUUGGGUCAGGCGAACACACUAUGAGUCAUAUAGCUUAAAGAAGAAAACGGUCCUCUACGCUUGCGAUCUUUCGGAUGCCCCGGAGCGGCGAGGCUCGAAUAUUUAUCAUGUGGGUGACAUCGAGGUCGACUUCUCCCAUACCGAUUUGAAUGGAUUCUCAAGCAAGUACAUCGACGGGCAGAAGGCAUAUCUUCUUACUUAUAAGUUGAAAGUCAUAUUUGGGGCACAGGAAGGAGUCCUUAAGUUCGAAGCUACUAGCCAAGGGGAAACAAUUGGACGGACUAGCAUAAAGUUUAACACUAUCCGAUAUUAUUGAGUAGUCUUUCGAUUCAGCGAAAGAUGUCACUUUUUACAUGUACAGAGCAAUGAAACUGGACGUGAUUUGCGAACGUGGAGAUGGUGCGUAAUAAGUUGUCCUUUUUUCUCUUGAAGUUAUCAUCCUAAAAUGUGAGGACGUGGUCACCUACCCCAUUCUUCAGGCAUUGCCUUAUUCUUAGCAACUACAUGUAUGAACAGACAUCAGUCAGCCAUUGAAUAGUUGGACAGGACGUAAUUCAGUUCUUCGG